ACAUCAAGCAAUGCGGAUUGCGGAGACGAUGUAGGGAAAUCAAAAUAGUCGUAUCACUAGCGCGCACACACCCUUUUGGCGCCAAAACAGUCUCCCACCUUCUCCGCCAUUUUCAUUUUUCCCGCGAACCAUAUCUCUCCUUUUUCACCAUUUUAUACUCCUCCCUUUAUUCCAGAUCCAUUACUGAUUUCCUUCUGCAUUUUCUCUCUCCUAAUCUCACUUCACCCCCUCUCUCUCUAUCUAUAUCCACCUCCACUCUACUUGCAAUGCCGACUAUCGCCGAUCGGUCCACGUCAGCCUUCACCGGCGUAACACCUACGAAGCGGCGGCUGAGGUCAAAUUCUACGGCGGAGGAUGAAAUUCCGGCGACUCCUCCGGCGAAGUGGAAAUCUCCUCGUCGCUGCAUCAACAGUAGUCCUAAAUCUCCUUCAAAUGGAAUUGAGAAGGAAUUUAGCGACAAGCUAGCUACUACCAGCAGAUCUCCGCUGAAGAAAUCGUCAAAUAAUUUAUUUGCUAAACCUAAAUGGAAUCCAAGAGAUGCUGAGCAACUGAGAGUUGUGAAAGAGGCAUUGCAUGUUUCCACAAUGCCGUCAAGCGUGGUUUGUAGGGAAGAUGAGUCAAAGAAGGUUCUAGAAUUUUGCAAGACCAGCGUGGAGAGACGGAAACCAGGGAGUUUAUAUUUGUGUGGAUGCCCUGGGACGGGAAAGACUAUGAUUAUGGAAAAGGUUAAGCAGUCUUUGCUUAACUGGUCAAAUGAGGUGGAGAUUGAGCAACCGGAUGUGUUAUUUAUGAAUUGCACUUCUCUAUCAAAGUCCUCAGAGAUUUUUACCAAGAUCCUUCAAAAUAUUCAACCAAAGAAAAAGAUUAGUGGCUCAACUACUGCUCUAAAGCACAUACAAAACCUCUAUGUACAAGAUGGAGAGUCGGGCAACAGAAUGAUGUUGUUAAUUAUUGAUGAACUGGACUAUCUCAUUACUAAAGACCGUGAAGUGCUUCACGAACUAUUUAUGCUUACUACGCUGCCAUUUUCCAGAUUUAUAUUAAUAGGCAUUGCCAAUGCAAUAGAUCUAGCAGAUCGAUUUCUUCCUCGUCUGCAGUCCUUGAAUUGUAAACCUUCAGUUUUGACAUUCCGUGCUUACUCGAAGGACCAAAUACAAAAGAUUCUUCAGGAGAGGCUUGUGGGGCUUCCUUACAAGGCCUUUCAGCCACAAGCCUUGGAACUUUGUGCAAGAAAAGUUGCAGCUGCAUCUGGAGACAUGAGGAAAGCUCUAAGUGUAUGCAGGAGUGCAAUUGAGACUCUAGAAUCAGAGAUGAAGGAAAUUGCAAGUAAUUCUGAGAAACUGUCUAUUGAGAAUGGAUCCUCAGACCAAGAAAAUGUUCCAGCUGCUCCUGUCUCUCGCGAAAUGGACAUAGUACAAAUCCAUCAUAUGGCAGUAGCUUUAUCAAAGACCUAUAGAUCCCCUGUAGUGGAGACUAUACAAUCUCUUCCCCAACAUCAGCAGAUCAUUCUCUGCUCAGCAGUCAAGCUUUUCCGAGAGGGGAAAAAGGAGUGUAAUGUUGGAGAGCUGAAUAAAUCUUACAAUAGCGUAUGCAAAUCUGCGAAACUUCCGUCUGUAGGGAUCCUAGAGCUGUCAAGUAUGUGCAAAGCAUUAAACGACCAGGGACUGCUGAAGCUUGUUCGGUCUCAGAAAGGGGAAAAACUAUCCUUGAAAGUCGAUGCAUCAGAUAUUACAUUCGCACUGCAGGGAGUUCGUUUAUUCCGCAACUUUCUUCAAUAAUCAAAUCCAAUUCUAUCAAUGUUGUAAGUAACUGGAGAAUCCAACACAGUUCAAGGUCUCCAAAUUUGAAGGUUCCAGAUCGGAGCAAGAUCUAGGACCAUGAGCUUCGCCAUGCAGAAUUCACCAUCUUACACAGCUCAUGAAAAGGGUUAUUUGGAGUCUCAAUAGCAAACCAGUGGGAGAGGAACAUCUUAGGUGCAGACGAACUGAAACUUACUUGGCUACUUAUACAGCAUACGGAGUAGUAAAUAAUACUCCAUAUUUACUAAACUAUGAUUCUAUGUCAAUACCUAUGAAUGAAUUACACCAAAUUGAAAUUUGUACUUA